UGUGGAGGUGGGGGCCUCCCGGAGAUCACCGGGACCUUUGAUCACACGCGCAUCAUGUACGGAUUCUGCAGCCUGAAGGAGCCCAACUCUGCCCUGCCCCGCUACAUCCUCAUCAACUGGGUUGGUGAGGAUGUGCCCGACGCCAGGAAGUGUGCCUGUGCCAGUCACGUAGCAACCGUCGCCGAGUUCUUCCAGGUCAGUGUAAGUGAGGGAGUGGACAUCAUCAUCAACGCCAGCAGCGUGGAGGACAUCGACCCGUCCGCCAUCGGCCAGCGCCUGACUAACGGCAUGGUUGCCGUGGCGAGCCCCGUCCUCAGCCGGCUGCGCAUGAAGGACGAGGAGCAGGCCGAGAACGUGGGCACCACCUACCAGAAGACGAACGCGGAGAUCGAGAUGAAGAAAAUCAACAGAGAGGAAUUCUGGGAACAGGCCAAGCGUGAGGAGGAGCUGCGGAAGGAGGCGGAGAGGAAGAAGGCCGCGGAGGAGCGGCAGCGUUUCGAGGAGGAGCGCAUGGAGCUGGAGCGCAAGGAGCAGGAGGAGCGGGAGAGGAGGUACCGAGAGAGGGAGCAGCAGAUCGAGGAGCACAGGAAGAAGCUGCUGGAGGAAGAGGAGGCUUGGGAGAAGACCAGAAACCAGUCCCUGAUUACAGCGGAGAGCUCUGAAGAAGCUCUGGACAAAAGGGAGUCAGAGGUGGAGGAGGCGGCAGCCAUCAUUGCUCAGAGGACCGAUAACCCCAGGGAGUUCUUCAAGCAGAAGGAGAUGGGUGUGGCCACCAGUGUGGACAGCUCCCCCGUGUCCACCCACAGAACCGGCCGCUUGGACAGCCCCUUCUUCAAGCUGCAGCACAGUCCUCCUGAGCCCAGCCCGCCACACGUCCGGCUGCAGCCAGGUACACCUGAAAAUGAAGGGAGCUCAGUGCACAGCCCGAUGGCUGACACCUCUACACCCAUCCCCAAAAUCCUCACCACCCCCAUUCAGGAGGCGGACGAUAGCAUGAGCGGGAGGGACUCCCCGAGCACUCCCGUACAGGAGACGGCCCAAUCCAAGCCCACCCAGAGCGUGGCCCCCCAGGCCCGAGACCCCAGCCAAACGAAGGAGACGGACAGCCUGGUGGACCUAUGGGAGACGGCUGGCCCGCCCCCUGGCACCGCCCCCUCCCAGGCCGCACAGCUGGUCGAUCUCAUGGGCGACGCCCCGGAGCCCUGUGCCGGGGGCGCGGCCCCCCCCUUCCCCGAGCCCCUCCUCAGCUUCGACGAGAUGCCGGCGCCCCCCGCCUCGGCGGACAUGACCCUGAGCUACCAGCAUGCACUGCAGCACGCGGGCGGCUCCAGCAGCCAGGAGCUGGAGGACAGCCAGCUGCUCAUCACCAACGGGGAGAUGUUCCUGAAGGAGGGGACGCAGGCAAGUGAGGGCUACUUCAGCCAAUCACAGGAGGAGGAAUUUGCCCAAUCAGAAGACUGCUCUGCAAAAGUGAACCCGACACCAGUGUUGUACAACAAGCCACCAGAAAUCGACAUCACGUGCUGGGACACGGACCCCGUGAUGGAGGACGAGGACUGAAGGUUCAGCGGGGGGGAUGAAGGGGGGGUAGAUCCGGCCCCUCCCGGCCCCUCUUCAGCAAACUAAUAACGUCAUAAUAAGUCUCGCAUUUAAAAAAAUAAUAAAAGAGAGGUUAGCCACUGAGAGGAAUGGAGUUAUUGUUAAAGAUGCAGACGGGUGAAAGAGCUCCUGAUGUUUGUUUUUUUUUUUUGACUAUGCAGAUACAGUUUGAGUCCGAAGCCCUUCAUGGACAAUGUUCAGUUAUAAUGCUUCAUAGAGCAGACAGAAGCUUCCUGUACUGCCCUGCAUAGACAAUGUUCUGUUAUAAUGCUUCAUAGAGCAGACAGAAGCUUUCUGUACCAUCCUUCAUAGACAAUGUUCAGUUAUAAUGCUUCAUAGAGCACACAGAAGCUUCCUGUACUGCCCUGCAUAGACAAUGUUCUGUUAUAAUGCUUCAUAGGGCAGACAGAAGCCUUCUGUACCACCCUUCAUAGACAAUGUCCUGUUAUAAUGCUUCAUAGAGCUGACAGAAGCUUCCUGUAUUGCCCUUCAUAGACAAUGUUCAGUUAUAAUGCUUCAUAGAGCUGACAGAAGCUUCCUGUAUUGCCCUUCAUAGACAAUGUUCAGUUAUAAUGCUUCAUAGAGCAGACAGAAGCUUCCUUGUUCCACCCUUCAUAGACAAUGUUCAGUUAUAAUGCUUCAUAGAGCAGACAGAAGCUUCCUGUACCACCCUUCAUAGACAAUGUUCUGUUAUAAUGCUUCAUAGAGCAGACAGAAGCUUUCUGUACCACCCUUCAUAGACAAUGUCCUGUUAUAAUGCUUCAUAGAGCUGACAGAAGCUUCCUGUAUUGCCCUUCAUAGACAAUGUUCUGUUAUAAUGCAUUAUAGAGCAGACAGAUGCUUCCUGUACCACCCUUUGUAGACAAUGUCCUGUUAUAAGGCUUCAUAGAGAAGAGAAAUGUUUCCUGUACCACACAGGUACACAGUACACCCAGUUUGUUUGGUUUGGAUAGAUCAGAUCCUUUCCAGGGAUGUACAGCUAUCCCACACUGCAGUGCUCCACAGAAGUGUCUUUCAUAGCUAUAGCCAAUCCCCCAUGACUGACACGACAUUUCCCCUCUGUUCUACCCCACAGGGGACAGAUAUGAAGCGAUGCCUGGGGUAAUCUUGCCUUUGAUGUAGAGUUUGGCUUGAACCCUUAAACCCCACUCCCGUUCUUCAAAGGGGGGUUAGGGGGCGGUAUGAGCGGGUGGGUAGGGUGCAGUUACGGUCAAUCAGGGUGGGGGGGGGGGGGGACCCUAUGUGCUCGAAUGAAUGCUUACCAGUCUCCGGAAAAUAAUGCAUUAAAAGGAACCCUGAAGAAAUCAGACUAAGAAUGGCUCUUUUUAGCGUUUACCGUGCUAAUUCACCGUGUUAAGGGUCCCGCACGCCCCUGUGCUGGCAUACACAGUGGCCAAACUGAGAGUCGUCAAUAGAGACAUUGAAAGGGAUGUGUAUAUUCUGUCAGCCUAUUCAAUUUGUACAUUAUUUGAUAUAUAGAGUCUUUGAACAGUGGUUAUGGUGUUACAAUCAAAUAGUGAAAUAUCAAGUAAGAGUUAAACUGAUUUUUUAGCAGAUUUGAAUGGGCUUUAGUGGGCCCACACCUUUCAAAUUGCAUAAUGUCUCGUGCUCAGUGAGUUGCUUGUGUCUGUAUUGAAGCAAAUCAUUUAGGGGAGAUAUCCUUUUCUCAUUAUUUAUUAGUUACAAUGGCUCUUUCUGUUCCUGGGUUCGCUAUAAGCCACGGAACGAUAGACUUCGGGUCAGUUGUAAUUACUGUUACAUGAGGGGUUGCUAUUGUAAAACUAGUUUUUAGUUUCAGCUGGUGUUCCAGAGAGCGACAGACUGUUUUAUCCUCCUGAAUGAACCAACUCUCAUUGAGAAAAACCAAACAGAACCAUAAAAUUGGAUGUUUGGAAGUCUCACAUAUACAGUAUCAGGUCUUGGUCGAUGCAAACCAGAAUAGCAAAAUAAGUUACCCUCAUUUUUGUUUCCGUUGAACAAAUCUCAUUCAUUGUAGACACAGGUGGGUCAUUCUGGUGUAUAUUGAAUUGGAUGUAUAUUAAAAUCGACGUACAAAACAUGGGCAAAACUGGAAUGGGGUGCUAACCUGAAACCUUAUAAUGUCAAAAGCUUGGAAAAAAUAGAACAUCCUUCCUCUUCCCUCCACGGUUUUUUGGCAGUCUUCCAUUUCCCUGUGUUUAGCAUUCGAAGGAUACACCCUGAUCCUCAUUUCAGUCCCGGGACACAAACCCGUGGAAUUCCUACACAGACGUCCUGAGCAGACAAGCAAGCAAUAAGAUUAACGUGUGUAGUAUAGCUGUGUAAAUAACCAAUUUUACUAAUACAGUAUGGAUAUUACUGCUGAUCCUAACGUUAUUUAUAUGAUUGUGGCCCGCCGUACUGAGUAAUCAUUGAAGUGGAUUUGGAAUUGAGUUUGGUUUUUAAAAGUAGCUUUAUUCUGAAAUGGGAAGUGUACCAUGAUUCCUGUGGGACUGAUUUCCCCGAGCUUUCUCGUGAAAGAUAUCUCGAACUCUAGGGGAGCCGGCCUGCAUCUUUAACAGUAACUGACGUGACCUUAUGACAUGAUUUCAAUGUAUUCUUCUUCACCUUGGACCUCCAUGAUAGUCUGUCAGGCUCUCUCCUAUCACACUGCUAGGAGAUUACUAUACCCUGCGCCAAAGCAAGGCUUAGCGUUUCUUUUCUCUUUAUUUGUCUUUUUUUAAAGCUUUUUUUUUUGUAUUUCUUCCCUUUCUAUCUCUUACCUGUCCGUCCGCUUCUCACACGCUGUUUUUGAAAAAGAAAAAAAAAAAGCACAAAUUUUUUUGUGACAUGCUAAAGUGCUGAUGUAUGUUAAUAAAAGACUUUCAAAAACCUCUAAA